CCCCAAUUUCUGCUUCUGCGUCGUUCUUUCUGAGAUUUUGUUCGAUUAGCUUUGUACUACUAUACGUAUAUAUAUAUAGAGAGAGAGAGAGAGAGAGGGAGAGGGAGAGGGAGAUCAGAGAUGGCGAAUCAAGGGGCGAAGAAGCGAAAGGAAGAGAACAGUCGUCGCCUGAAGAACCUCCUUCGCUUCAUCAUCUUUUCCAAUGUUUUUUAUCUUGUGGUGAGGGCGGGGAUCCUCCAUUCUACUUUCAAGUGGAAGCAUUGGGUUGGCUUCAUGUUGACUUUUUUCGCAUACGUUAUCCCCUAUCAACAACUUGCCAUGAUGGCAAAACCUACAUAUUCUGAAAGUGGGGAGCUUGAAGAUGGUGGGUUUGAUUUGACUACUGAUGGAGUUUGUGGAUAUUUGCAUGAUGUAAUCUACAUUACUGGCUUUGUGCAGCUCACGACUAUCAUCUCUGAAAUUUUUUGGUACAUUUAUUUAGUGAUACCAGCGUUUGCAGCAUACAAACUCCUUGGUUUUGUGAGAGGAUUUAUGUCACUUGGUUCAGAGGGACCUGAAGAGGAUGAAAAGUCGAGAAAAAAGAGAGAGAAGAUGGAGAGGAAAGCUUCAAGACCCAAAUUUGCACGGACAAGAAAUUGAUUGUGCACUUCUGAAAUGAUAGACUGGCUCUUGGUUAGAUCUUAAUGUCUCUCUUGAGUAUGACAGAUUGCUCUGUUAUCUCCAAGUAAUGUGAAAUCAAGUUCGGCUGUCUGGUUUUGGAUGGGAAGAACUUUAAUGUGCUUGUCAUUUUGGAUGGGAGGAACUUUAUGUGCUUGUCAUGGAUGUGUAUUCUCGAUCUAAUGUGUUUUCAUGGUCAUCUUUAA